AUGGCCAUCAAAUUUCUUCAGACGAAUCUUAACCACUGCGUUAGGGCUCAGGACCUCUUAUUCCAGAGUAUGGCGCAGUGGUCAAUAAAUAUUGCAGUGGUAGCGGAGCCAUACUCUGUUUCUGCUCAAGCGGGAUGGGUUGGGGACCUGGAUAAAACUGUGGCCCUGGUGUCGCGGGGCACUGCUGGCUCCCCACCUUUUCAAGGCGUCAUAAAGGGUCAUGGUUUUGUGGCGGCAACCUGCGGAAACAUUGCAGUUGUUGGCGUCUACUUCUCUCCCAACGAUAGUUUGGCGGAUUUUGAACAGUUUCUCGUAACAGUGGGUGCUAUUGUUAGGCAGUUGCACCCUACGCCUGUUUUAGUAGCCGGAGAUUUCAAUGCAAAGUCUAGGGCUUGGGGGCGUCCAGCAACGAAUCCGAAAGGCGCAACUCUGGAGGAGUGGGCGGUCGCCACUGGCUUGGUGGUCAUUAACCGGGGUUCAGAAAAUACGUGCGUGCGGCAACAGGGUGGAUCUAUCGUGGACAUUACAUUUUCGAGUGCCUCCCUGGCGCGCCGUAUUCAGGGCUGGGAGGUCAUGGUGGGAGUGGAGACGCUGUCAGAUCACCGGUACAUUCGGUUUGAUAUUGACCCACUCAUCUCAAACAACGCAAGGCUGAAUGGCCCAGUCAGGACUGGCCCUAGGUGGGCGUUCACCAAACUUGACCGGGAACUUCUGAAAGAGGCAGCGAUCGUAGAGACGUGGCUGCCUGUCCCAGAUGAAGCUGUGGUGGUAGAGUCCGAAGCGUCCUAA